AUGCGCCAACUUGUCAAGUCCACCAUACCGCUUUCGGCAGAAUCCGAUAGCUUAUCGCCGAAUUGCCCCAAGCUUCCCCAAGCUUUCGAUUCGCGCAAUAUCAACCCCAUUGAAGCAUUCGCUUCCCCGCAUCAAGUCUUGAUCAUGGCAUCUGCGGGCUUACAUCAGCGCAAUCUAUCAAGAUCUUCACGGCCCCGCAGCUCCACCCGUGGUCCUUUGGAUAUUCUGGACGAUCCACUAUCCGAAUCCUCGACACCAAAAUCCCCUGGUUUCAAUGCGCAUUCAUCCGCUCCGAAAGACGAUGUUGCAGGCUCUUCAUUUUCAGAAUUAGAUCAAUUCGCCCCCGAUGAUCUGCCAGAGACCCUAGGCAAGGAUGUCUCUUUUCUCUUGAGGCAUGAAAUUUACCAUCCGUUGUCGCAAAAUGAUAUUCCUCCACCUCUUCGCUCAGAAUUUGUGAUCCUCGACCCAAUCGAGCCCCUUUCCUCGUCUCUCGGUCUCCUGGAAAAGUUUCUCUCCGAAGGUCACUUUUUGGUCGCGGCACAUAUGGCCAGCUCAAUACUCACUUCGUCCUUGAUUACACCAACGGAUAUCAAGCUGGUUUUCUCUCUUUUCUUCACACGUCUUGCUUGUUUGGAACUGUCAGGAAACACAGCAAUCGCUGCACAAGAAUCCAAGGCUCUAGAGGAUCUCAAUUCGAUGUUCUACUACCUUGACACUAGCCUCGAAAGUCCCGAUAACGCAACCGACAAUGACACCUCCCACUCGCGGCACCUUCGCCACAUAGUGCCCUGGCCACUUCGCGUUCUGGCCGUGCGGUUGCAGAGCAUUGGCUUCGGAGACUCGCGCAGAAUUAUCGGCGGGCUGUAUGAAUUAGGAAUGGAGGCACGCCGUGAAAUUCUUAGAAAGGACAUUAGCGAGGAUGAAAGGACAAUUUGGAGGGAAAGACUCGGUGAUCUUGGUAUUCGAAGUGCCAAUGCGCUCGUGGAGAUGGGCGACUUGGAUGCAGCUAAACGUUCACUGGAAACGCUGCAGGUCGCCGCCAAGCCUGCCGCGGCUAUGACUUUGAGAAAGGCGCUUCUCCUCCUGCGAAUAGGAGACGUUGACGCGGCUCAACAGGUUUGGGAAAAUUCUGCCCAGUCAGAUGACGCUGCGCUGUUGCGGCCGCUGCUCAGCAUGUCAGAGGGCCGCUAUGAGGAUGCAGCAAGUGAAUGGCGAACUCUUCACGAAGAUGUGGAGAGAGCGGACAAUGCGCUUACGGGACAGAACCUGGCUGUCUGCCUUGUUUACUGCGGUAGGUUGAAUGAGAGGGAUCAGGCACGUGAACUCCUUGAAACACAGGUCCGCGCCAACAACUCUUUUGGAAGUCUUCUUUUCAACUUAUCGACGUUAUACGAGCUGUGCUCCGAUAGCGCAGUGAGCAUGAAGCGGCAGCUAGCUGCUACCGUUGCAGAACAGCCAGUUUUCGGACAAUCGAAUCGGGAUCGGUGUAACGCAGAUUUCAAGUUGUAG